AUGGACGCCCCAGAAGCAGUCGGGCCACCGGUCAAGUCCCUCUCUCACAUCUUCCGCCGGAACCAACUCAGGAUUCAAUCCCCCGGCCCUUGGAGUCCGAAGAAAUGGCCGCCAAAGAGCCCCUUGGGGAUGUACGAGUUCUCAACGACAUCAGCUGGAGACAAAGAGGAAGGCAUCAGCGAAUUCACCACCAAAGGUGGGAAAGACAAGGACAACAACACCGGACCAACAAUAUGGGGCUUUCGUCGACCAACCUUCUUCCUGAGUGUAGCACUAGCGGUGGUGAGUCUCAUCGCCAUAAUCGUCGGCGGAGUAGCAGGGACAACAGCAGUGGCCAACGCACGGAGGUACCUCUUCCCCCAGCCUUUCUCUCCUAUUAACGAGCCACUAACCACCAACCACAGUGAAUCUUCCCUCUGUCCCCUCCCCACAACAGUAACCAUCACCUCUCCUCCCUCCCCAACCCAAACCACCGGCCCCGAAGCCAUCACCGUCCCCCGCCUCGGCCUUCUGGAUUUCGACUGCGGCCGCAUAGCCAUCUCUCGGCAGAUCAUCACCCUGGGCACAAACAGCUGGUCGUUCGACGUGAACUGCAUGAUGGACUUCAAAGGAGUAGGCGUGGAUUUGACAGGGAUGACAAGCUACACCUUUGAAGACUGCAUAAAGGCUUGCGCGAUCUACAACAACAUAGCACGGAACAACACGUGUGUUGGGGUGGGGUUUAGUGCAAACCUGACGACGAUAUUACCCAAGGUGGGAGGAAAUUGCUGGUUGAAGGGGUAUUUACCGGAGAUGAGCCCCGAGAUGAACUUGGGGGCUGUGGCGGUGGUGGUUAGUGGGCCUAAGUUUAUGGUUGAGGGGUGA